AUGGAAGAACAAACUUGUGAACAACAUUUCAAGCAAAAUGUUAGUCUCAGCGAGAGCGGUCGAUUUGUUGUACAUCUGCCGUUCCGCGGAAACGUCUCAAAAUUAGGCAAGUCUUACGACAUCGCAAAAAGAAGAUUAUUCGCAAUAGAAAGGCGGUUUAUAAAAAAUCCCUCGCUGAAAGGGGAUUACGUAAAGUUUAUGGCCGAAUAUGAAAAAUUAAACCAUAUGACACAGAAUAUGGAUAACGAAGAAAUCGAAUUGCCCGGUCGUAUGUGCUAUCUAGCUCACCAUUGCGUCCAAAAUGAAAACAGUCUCACAACAAAAUUACGCGUAGUAUUUGAUGCCUCAACAAAAACAGAAAGUGGGUUUAGUUUAAACGACGUACUGCAAAAGGGACCGUCAAUACAAGAGGAAUUAAUUCACAUAUUAGCCAGAUUUCGCACGCAUAAUUUUGUGGUAACUGCCGAUAUAAAAAAAAUGUACCGACAGAUACAGGUCUGUAAGAAACAUCGUGAUUAUCAACGUAUAUUGUGGAGAGAGAACGUUAAUGACCCUAUAAAGAUAUAUCGAUUAAACACUGUCACCUAUGGUACAGUACCUGCUUCUUAUCUCGCGACGGCUUGUUUACAAAGAUUAUCGGAAAUCGGACAAGGUCAAUAUCCAACAGUAGCACCAUUAAUUGCACGGGAUUUUUAUAUGGACGAUUUUAUCAGCGGUGCAGCUACAAAGGAAGACGCAAUCGAGAUACGCAAUGCACUUAUAAAAUUAAUGUCUACUGCUAAAUUAGAGCUAGGUAAAUGGGCGUCUAACGAUUCGGAUAUAAUUCGAGAUAGUUUCGACAACAAUGUCGGCUUAGUGGAUUUUCAAGAGACCAGUAAUGAUGUAACUAGAAUACUUGGUCUAUAUUGGGACUCUCACACCGACGAACUUAAAUAUAAGAUUAACGAAACUUCGUUAGUAACGCCUCUUACUAAACGCAAUAUAUUGUCCGAUAUUGCACGUAUAUACGACCCACUCGGAUUAAUUGGUCCGGUAAUAGUAUGUGCAAAAUUAAUCAUGCAAGAGUUAUGGAAAGAUGGUUUAUUUUGGUCAGAACCGGUUUCGGAAAGGAUAAGCA